CACAUUCCCACAAUGCCUUUAGUGUUUACAUGGGCACUGACAGCGCCGUUGCUGCUCAGAGCAGCUUGCCUAGUAACCAAGCGGAAGUUGAGGAGUCUUUCUCGCCGGUGGAAAAGUUACGCCAGAGCAGAGGGUGGCGAGUGACGCAGAGAGCAGGAGUGUCAUCCGCACGGGCGUCAUGUCCACGCUGCCGUUCCUCAUGGAAAACUCUAGCAUCCUAGCAACACAGAACAUCCAGAGGAAUAAUCGACAGAAAUCUGAACUGUAGAAGCCUUACUGAAGACACUCAGGUUUCAGCUCAUGUCUUAGCACGUCUGGGAGAUAUGUCAUCUCAGACGGCCGCUCAUCAUCCCGGUCUUGAAAUUCCAGCAAGGCAGAGCUGUGAGUGUCCGAGAUGCAUCACGAUAAACUUGGAUACUUGGACCUCCACCUCUGACUGAUCAAACCUCGCGCUGGCUCGACGGCUUAACACACCGUCCCUCAAGGAGCGCUGCAGUGAGAGAAGCGAUGUACAAGGAUUACAGAUCUACAGGCAGAGCUGCAGGACUAAACCCGCUACCCUUUGACCCCUCAACCAACAACGAGCCUCUGCAAUUUAAUAACUCCAAUGGGCCUCUGGCGUCCGAGUGUCCUCUGGAGAGCAGUCCUGAAAACGGCAGCAAAAAACGGAAGAGACCAAAUCUUCCUCCAGAGGGUCUGAGGAAUAUAGCAAUGGAUUCCAGUUCACUGGGAAUGCCCAUGUCAGACCCGAACGCCUGGGCUACUGCCAUGAACAACCUAGGGAUGGCGCCCAUGGGCAUUACCGGACAGCCUCUCAUGUCAGAUUUUGACCCCAGCCUUGGCAUGAUGACGGGUAUCGCUCCGAUGAAUCCGAUGAUGCCCGGCUUGGGCAUCGUGCCCCCUUCUAUAUCUCAAGACCUACCUAUUGUGAAGGAGAUCAUCCACUGCAAAAGCUGCACCUUGUUUCCACCCAACCCUAAUCUGCCUCCUCCAGCCACACGUGAGAGACCCCCGGGUUGUAAGACGGUGUUUGUAGGAGGGCUACCUGAAAAUGCUACAGAGCAGAUUAUAUCAGAAGUGUUUGAGCAGUGCGGCGCCAUCAGCGCCAUCCGCAAGAGCAAGAAGAACUUUUGCCACAUUCGCUUCGCUGAGGAGCACACAGUGGACAAGGCACUCUUCCUGUCUGGUUACCGGAUCCGCCUCGGCUCCAGCACGGAUAAGAAGGACACGGGCCGGCUACACGUGGACUACGCUCAGGCUAGAGACGACCUGUACGAGUGGGAGUGCCGGCAGCGCAUGUUGGCGAGAGAAGAAAGACACCGGCGCAGGAUAGAGGAAGAUCGUCUGCGCCCACCGUCCCCGCCUCCCAUCGUUCACUACACAGAGCACGAAUGUAGCCAGCUGGGGGAAAAAAUCAAAGACGAUUGCAAGUUUCCCGAGGCAGUGCGAGUGCUGCUGACCUGGGUGGAGCGAGGCGAAGUGAACCGCCGCAACGCCAACAACUUCUACUCCAUGAUCCAGUCGUCCAACAGCCACAUCCGCAGGCUGAUGAACGAGAAAGCGGCUCACGAAAAGGAAAUGGAAGAGGCUAAGGAGAAGUUUAAAAAUGCCCUGGCUGCCAUCCUUGUACAAUUUGAGCAGAUUGUGUCUGUAUUCCACGCUGCUUCCAAACAAAAGGCAUGGGACCAUUUCUCCAAAGCCCAACGCAAGAACCUGGACAUGUGGCGCAAGCAAGCAGAGGAAAUCAGGAACAUCCAUAACGAAGAACUGAUGGGAAUCCGGCGGGAAGAGGAGAUGGAAAUGUCUGAUGACGACAUGGAGGAUGAUGCACCGGAUAGCAAAGACUCGGAUGACUCAGGACCACUGGCACAGGUGGAGGCCCUGAGGGAGGAGAACGACAGUCUGCGCUGUCAGCUGGAUGCCUACAGAAAUGAGGUGGAGCUGCUGAAGCAGGAACAGAGUAAAGCUCAUCCUCAGCACAGUGAGGAAGACACGACACGCCAACAACAACUCAGUUUCCUACAACAAGCGCUGCAGGGCAUGCAAAAGCAACUGCUGAAGAUCCGUGAUGAGCUAAAACAGAGGGAGAUGGAGCUGGAGAAAAGCACAGAGGACAAACAGCAUCUGGAGAGUCAAAUCCAAAGCCUUAAAGACAGAAUUCAAGCCUUCCCCACAUCACACACCCUGCCUUUGGAGAGGUCGGAGUGGGAGGACCGAGGCAGCGAUGAAAACACAAGUCAUGCUAAUGAGUCAGCAGCAUCGGCAGUAGUGUCCUGCAGUCAAGAAAAAGAGAGUGUCCCAGACAAAGGUCCACCCAGUCCUGUGAAAUCUGAAAGAGAGGCACUGCUCGUAGGAAUCAUCUCGACGUUCCUCCACGUGCAUCCGUUCGGGGCCAGCAUCGAGUACAUCUGCUCCUAUUUACAGCGUCUGGACACCAAGAUCAGCACGACGGAGGUUGAGACGCUGCUUGGCCGACUUCCCUACACCUUUAAGCAGGAGCUGACGGGUGUGGGUGCCAGUCUGGAGAAGCGCUGGAAGUUCUGCGGAUUUGAAGGCAUCAAGACGGCGUAGAGUCGUGCUUCUGAACGUUUAAACCCCAAAGACUGGCACACCCAGGGCUUUUUUUAUUAUUUAUUUUUUUAAGGCCCACAGAUAGGAGUGAGUCCUUCUGAUUAGCUGCCAUCGGGUCACUGAGGCUUGGACACUUUGAUUCAGUUGGGACAGGAAGUGUGAAGUCCUGGGCUCUGGUGUGUGAAUGUUCUACAGUGUUCAAGCACAGACUUGUUAGUGUGUGUGUGUGUGUGUGUGUGCGUGUGCGUGUGCGUGUGCGUGUGCGUGUGUGUGUGUGUGUUACGAUUCUGAAGGACUGGAGUGAGACAAAACAGCAUCGACCUGCUGAGGGUUUAUCGACAAGAUGGACGAAAUGAUUUACAUCAACUUUGUUUUUAUUUUCUUUUUGUUCAUUUUUUAAAGAAAAAGAGACAUAGAGCAAAUAUCUUUCUUUCCUUCUUUCCUUCUUUUUUUUCCCUUCUGUAUAGGUUGCUGACAGCAGUUUUUGUUCACAUAUCCUGUAAAUGUUUGAAUAACUUACUAUUUUUAAAUAAAAAAGAAGAACACGA